AUGAAUUUAAAAUCGUUUUUUAUUAUUGUUAUUUGGGCAUACGGUGAAGUGAUUAUGUCGCACAUACCGUUAGCCCAGAGCACACCCGAAACUGAUCUAUGGAUAAACACAACCUAUCAAACUGAAGAUUUUGGAAUUCAGUACGAAAAAUUACCUCAGUGUGAAGCAUGGAAUUUAUGGUGGAAAUUGCAGGUAGGUGAGAUUGCGCCUACGGCGGAAAUCAUUGAUUUGUUAUCAACACUAAGGGUAAAAAUAUCGUUGAGUAACGUAAUACAGUAG